AUGGGAAAACCAUCUGUAGGACAAGGGUCUUUCAUAUCCAGCAGUCCCCCUCCAGGUGAUGGUGUUCGCGGUGUUGAUGACACUUUGGACGCAAGACGAUGCCUUUCAAGCACUUGGCGGGAGAAAUCUCGUCCCUUUCAGUGGGUUGAGUUCUUUGCGGGGAAGGCGGAGGCAACCAGAAUGUUCAAGGAAAGCGGAUUUAGCACUGCAAAGCUGGACAUAAAUUACAUGGACUUCGCUACGGGAAUGAAUCCGAUGGACCUGUUAACAGAUGCUGGUUUUGCGCUAGCCAUAUCCACCUGUCUCAUGGCGGACCAUGACAAUGGCUGGGCAUGUUUGUUUGGCCUCAAGUGCAGCUCCUUCUCAACAAUGAACGCAGGGACUUCAGGAAGGAGUCCUUGUACAGCCAUUGGGAAUGUGAACUUUCCAUCUGUCAACCAAGGGAACAUUCUAGCAUCGAGGGUGAUGCUGCUGAUACUCUUGGUUGUAGCCUUGGGUGGCACAUUCCUCAUCGAGCAACCGGCAGAGAGUUUCUUACAGUAUUACCCACGGUUCCGAGAGAUGAUCGCCCUUCUGCAACAUGCAUGUGGUACACAUUCUGUGCAUCGCAUAACCUGGUGGAUGCGGUCAUAUGGAGGACCAACACCGAAAAGGCAUGUGCUGUAUGCAAACUCGCCGGCAAUCCAGUCCCCAUACAAAGGUAGACUUGUGGGAUGGUCAAAACAUAUUAAAGCUCAAGAUGCAGCUGGUGUUGCUCGUGUAAAAACAGUCGACAAGUACGUUGACAAAAGUGGACAAGUACGAUACAAGGGCUCCAAAGGGCUACGUCCAAGUGAGAAUUACCCUGCGGCAUUUGGUCAGAAGCUGGUGUCCAUCUACAAGAAUGAGCAGCUGGCAAGUACCUUAGCACGUUGCUGUUGCAACGAGGCUGAUACAGCCAAAACAAUGAAAAGUCGCACUUGGAGCACUCAUGAAUUGACCACCGGUCUGACCAACCUCCUUGAAGCCAACUCACUGGAUUUGCCAGACGACUUGAGCCAGCUCAAGGAAUUGGAAGCGACUUUAGCGAAUUUGGAAGCAGCUCAGGCAAGCCCUCAAGCUUCGCGUCCUAAAGAGCCGCCGCAAGUGGAACCUGCUGAGGAACUUGAGACGCAACCAGCAACAGAGAGCCAGGUUCGCCAGCGAGUGAUUGAGAUGUUCAAGAGCGGCCAACUUGACGCGUCUACUGCUAUGCAACUCUUGGCGCAGUCAGCUGAUCCCGCACCGGUGUCUUCUGAGGUGGCAGGUAGUUCCAAGAAAAGCAGUGUUCCCGAACCAGAUCAAACACAAGAUGAUGAUGAUGAGUUAGAUGAAGCCCUAGAUGAAGUCACGCAAGAUGAUGGAACCAAACUUGACAGCAAAGCGAAAGCGGCUUUGAAAGCAAAGCUGCGCAGGUUGUGUGAAAAGAAGUCAGGAGACAGGUUGAUGGUUCCCGAGUGGUUGCACAAGAAGUGGAAGGAGGGUAACCAUAUGGCUUUGGCACUUGAGCUGCAGAAAUGCAACUUCGAUAAGGACAAGUUCAUCAAGAGUUGUGAGAAGACAUACACCGAGAUUGACAGCAAAAAACACAAGAUUUUCGGUGGCUACUACACGCGUGAGACCAUGAAAACCAAGUUGAAGUGGAACCAGAAGAAAAUCGAGGGUGCAAUCAAGCUAUGCGAAGAGGAUGCCUCAGGUGAACUUGUGAGGAACUGCAAGUACAGUGGCGAGCCAGAGUACUGGGUGGACACAGACGAAGUUGGGGAAAGGGGGCAAGAGCGGGAGUACAAGAAACAGCGAAAGGACACUGAGAAAACUCCCAUUGAGAAGCCUGACCAAUCCCGAAUUACGUCUAUGGCAUCCCGUGCAAUUCGUUCCAAGUCGGUUUUGUCCAAGUUCUGCGAAAGCAUUUUGCAGAAGUCUGCAAAGAUCCGCUCCCUAGUGCAAGACCUUCAGAAAAACUAUGCCGAUCCAGCGGCCAUGAAGUCUAUUGAAGCUCUACAGCGUGAUCUUGUGGCGCUGGAGUCCUGCUACAACCAGUGUUCGGAGUUGCUGGCACAGGGAGAGGCCAAGGACUUCAACAAAGAUUGGUCUCAGCAAUCCGAGAAGAUGAUGAAGGAUUGCACUUUGACGUGCCUUGGGUGCAAAAUGAACUGCCAUUGA